GCCACUGGAGCCAUUCGUGCUCCCCCCGGGCCGGGGGUUCACUCUCUCAUAAUGAGAUGGAACGAAGUCGUUCGGCCUCUUCGCCCCCCCUUUUUAUCAAUAAAGCGAGGUCACCCCGGGCGUGUCUGUGUCCCCCCGUCCGGGUCCCGGGGUCGCCCCCCCAGAAUUUCGGUGGGGCGGGGCCGUGGCCACGGCAGCCAAUCAGAAUCAGGGCGGGGCCAGGGGCUCGCCCGGCCCCGGCCAAUGGGAGCGCGGGGGCGGGGAACGCGGAGCCCCCGGGACCCCCGAGCGAGCGGGACCACCGGGACAGCCCCCGGGCCAGCACCGGCGGGACCCGCGGAACCCAGCAGGGCCCCCAGGGCGAGCGGAGCCACCAGGACCCCCAAACCAGCCAGGAUCCCACCGAGACCGUGGGACCCCCACGAGCCGGGACCCCCGGCACCAGGUGUCCCCAUGCUGCUCGUGAGCCUGCAGAGCACGUGGCUGCCUUUCCACGGGGGCGUCUUGACGGCCUCCUGCUGCCCCAGCCGGUGCCUGCCCCCAGCCGGGACCCCCGGGCGGCCAAUGACCCCCCCGGGGCGCCCUCAGCCCCGGUGCUCUACGGCGUGGCCCCAUCGGACGCUGCAGGCGAGGACGCGGGGGUGGCGCGGGGGCUGUUCCAGCGGGUCCGGGUGCUGUGCUGGGUGCUGACGGCACCCCAGAACCUGGAGAGCAGAGCCCGGUACGUGCGGGACACUUGGGCGCGGCGCUGUAACGUGGCCGUGUUCGUGAGCUCCGAGCCCGCCCCGCAUUUCCCGGCCGUGGGGCUGGGGGUGGCCGAGGGCCGGGGGCAGCUCUACUGGAAAACCAUCCGGGCUCUGCAGUACGUGCACCGGCAGCACCGCGCCAGCGCCGACUGGUUCCUCAAGGCGGACGACGACACCUUCGUGGUGCUGGACAACCUGCGCUGGCUGCUGGCCGCGCACCCGCCCCAGCGGCCCCUCUACUUCGGGAAGCGUUUCCGACCCUUCACCCGCCAGGGCUACAUGAGCGGGGGCGCCGGCUACGUGCUCAGCCGAGGGGCGCUGGCCCGAGUGGCCACCGCUUUCAGCCGCGGCACCUGCGGCCACACCGGCCCCGAGGAGGACGUGGCGCUGGGGCAGUGUCUGGAGCGGCUGGGGGUGGCCGUGGGGGAUUCACGGGACACGUGGGGCCGGGAGACGUUCCACCCUUUCCCCCCCGAGAUCCACCUCACCCACCGCUUCGCCCGGGACUUCUGGUACCAGCGCUACUGCUGGUACCCCGUCGUGGAGGGUCCCCGGUGCUGCUCAGACCUGGCCGUGUCCUUCCACUACGUGCCGGGGGAGGAGAUGUACACGCUGGAGUACCUGAGCCAGCGCCUGCGCCCCUACGGCUACAGACCCCGCUACCGGCCCCCCCUGAGCCUCCCCCCGACCCCAAACGCCACCGGGACCCCCGCGGGCCCCAACGCCCCCCGGAGCCACCCAGGUCCCCGAGCACCCAAAGCCCCCAAGCCCUGCCCCUCCCCUUCCUGGACCCCGCUGCGGUGA